AUGUCACGCCACCAGUACGAUCUAAUACUGUGUAUGAAGCGGCCAGGGACCCAUUUCGGGAACCUCUGCCAGCUGUGUGAUGGUAGGUGUCCUGUUUGUGACUCUUACGUCAAACCUCAAGAGAAGGUAAGAGUGUGUGAUGGAUGCUCCUAUGGCCAUGUAGGCAAACGGUGUAUCUUAUGUGGCCAGCACUUGGGUGAUAACUUGGAAAACGCAUCUCCCGCAUACUACUGCUAUGAAUGUGUUUUACAGGAGAAACAUCGAGAGGGAUGUCCACGAAUCAUCAACGUGGGUAGCUCCAGAGCAGAUAUGAUGGUGAAGAAGAAGAAGGCAUUAGACAGGUAG